AAACACAUUAUCUGCAAGGAGAAAGACUGGAUUUACUAGGAAGAAAUGAUAAGUAUGUGUCUCUGAUCAACCACAGCAUCCCUCAGCUAUGUCAGUUCACUGUGUGCAUUGAUCUAAACCGGACAGCCAAUGUCAGCUCCUGGGCAGCAUUUUCCUAUGACACUAACACCACCUCCACUGACAUAAACGACAUAGAGCUUGGACUCUCUGGAGAAAACAAGCGGUUGAGACUGUAUCUUUUUGGCACCAGACGAGACAUUGAGAUUGAUCUGACCCUUUUUGUGUGGUACAGCAUCUGCUGCUUGUGGGACACCAGGAAACAACUGCUGGAGGUCUAUUGCAAUGGUAAUCUCGUGCAUACCGAAACCAUUGGCAGCGCUGAGUGCCUGAAACCCAACGGUAGCCUGGUGCUAGGUCAUCUGCACAAAAGAAAGGAUGGCUUUAUUGUGAGGUUAAGCAACAGCUUCAUCGGCAGCUUGUACUACUUCCAAAUGUGGGACCGUGCGAUGGGUUGGGAAGAGCUGCCGGACUGCGCCAUGGGCAACACUGUCAGCUGGAAGGAAGAAUACUGGAACUUCAGCAGCACCCUCCCCGUUGCAGACCGUCACCUGCGCUGUGUCAGCUUCUUCAACGUUGACAUGAACUUCUCUCUUUUCUACAAAACUGAGAGAGCUCCUGAUUACUAUGACGCAAGGAAGCUUCUUGAAGACUGGUUUAGUAUCAUAUUUACUGGAGAAGAAUUUGUUGUGACAAACUUUAAAGUCAGCUAUGUCUGUAAGGCCAUUAUAAAGGCUACAUCACUUGAAACGCAAGAAGUGCUGAGUCUCAAGAUCAAAGAGUUGUUGAAUGACACUUAUGAAGAGGAACCGUUGUCCUUAUUCGUGAAACCUGAAGAUGUGGCUGUCAAGCCAAUAGCUCUAAUGGAUUGUCCGGAAAGCUUUUCGUACACAACCUACAAGGGGAAUUAUUCCUGGCCGCUAACAAGUCCAGCUAGCAAAGCAGAGGUCAGCUGCAGGAAGAACCCUCUGCAGUCUGCUCAAAGGAGCUGUGCAAUUAAUAUUGAACUUGAGCAAGCUUUCUGGAUGAAACCAAAUAUGACUGAAUGUAAAUUACUGGAAGAACUUCCAAAUAGUAUUUUAGACCUCCACAACAUCACAAUAACAGAAGAGGAUGCACAAGAUGUUGUACUGCAUAUUUUAUACCUCUUGCCAGAUGCAGCACUGCACGUGGAAGAAUUAGAAGUCAUUGCAAGUAAAAUUUCUGAUAUCGUAAGCCUUGCAGAUAUGAGCAUGACACUUGCAGAGACUAUAUUGUCUAUACUAAACUAUUUAUUGCUGCAGGAAAUAGAACAUCAGAACAUUAGAAAAAUGACAAAUAGUAUCCUGAAGACAACUGAGGAGGUCGGCUAUAAGGUGACUUACACAGAAAGAAGUAUGUCGGUCAUAACCACUUCCUUGGCUUUGUUGGUGAUGCGCCCAGAUCCCAGCGUAUUUGGAGGACUGGCCUUUGGCGUUACCUCCUACGACAGAGGCGUGGAUCUCAAGAUCAAUGUUCAAGAAAACCCUUUCAAAAAGGCCUUGGCCUCGGUGUUUUUGCCAAAAUCACUGAAGAAAUUCCUGGGGAUCGAGCACUCUGACCCAGACAAGCAUUCAAAGAUCCAGUUUAAGUUUUUUGGCACUACCUCGCUCUUUGCGGACGACAGUUUAACGAAGGAGAGGUUGAAUACUUAUGUUGUGAGUGCCAGCAUUGAAAACACAUCAAUUCAGAACCUUCAUGACCCUGUGACUAUUACUCUUCAGCACAUAGACCAAAAUACGGCAAAACAAGAUACAGAAAGACUGGGAAAACUGAGAAAACCACUGACUCCCAGGAUUUCCCUUGGUAAAAGGGAAGGUGAAAAUUGGGACCUUCUGCUGGUUUUCAGUGCCAUGGAUGAGACGGCCGAUAUUCCAGCGGGUUCCAAUGACCAAGAGUCCAGCGGCCCCCGAACUGCUGGCAUCUCCAGUGACCUACAGAUCCUCUGUGGCACCACCACGCAAAUAAUCACAGACAUCAGUGGGCUUUCAGGUAAUGCAGCAGUGCACUGCGUCUUUUGGGACUUUCAGAAGAACGAUGGACUGGGUGGUUGGAAUACAUCGGGGUGUGAAAUAGAAUAUACAGAUAUGAAUUACACAAUCUGUUUUUGUAACCAUCUUACCCAUUUUGGAGUCCUACUGGACUUGUCCCGGACAGAGAUAGAUAUCACACAUGAUCGUAUAUUAACUCUGAUAAGCUAUGCAGGAUGUGGCACUUCUUCCCUCUUUUUGGGUAUAACACUGGUGACAUAUCUAGCCCUGGAAAAGCUGCGGAGAGACAACCCUUCAAAAAUCCUGCUCAAUCUUUGUGCCGCACUGCUGAUGCUGAACAUGGUCUUCCUCAGCAAUUCCUGGCUGUCCUCGUUCAACCAGCCAGGUCUCUGUAUCACCGUGGCCGUGCUCCUUCACUAUUUCCUUCUUGCAGCUUUCACGUGGAUGUGCCUGGAGUCUGUUCACUUUUACUUGGCUCUUGUCAAAGUUUUCAAUGUCUACGUCCCAAAGUACAUCCUAAAAUGCUGUAUUGCUGGCUGGGGAAUACCAGCUAUUGUAAUUACUAUUGUGCUCAUUAUAAAUAAAGACUUCUAUGGCAAUGGAUCACAUUCUGAGAGCAAUCCAUUCAGCAAUUUUUGCUGGGUUCAGGAGAACACAGUGUUUUACAUUUCCGUUGUGGCAUAUGUCUUCUUAAUAUUUUUGACGAAUGCAGCCAUGUUCAUCACUGUUCUCCUUCAAAUCCACUCUGUGAAAUCAAGGACACAAAAGAGAUCCAGAUUCUGGAAAUGGAGUUUCCUUCAAGACCUCAAAAGUGCUUUCUGUUUGAUGUUCCUUUUGGGCUUAAGUUGGGGCUUCAUCUUUUUUGCUUGGGGAGCAGUGAGGAUAUUUUUCUUGUAUCUCUUCAGCAUUUUUAACACCUUGCAAGGGUUCUUUAUCUUUGUGUUUCACUGCCUAAUGAAGGAAGAAGUAGUGAAGCAGUGCCGAGUGCACUUUUGCUGGGGAAGAUUUCAUCUGAGCAAUUAUUCUGCUGAAGUUCAUUACAACCCCAGUGCUGUAACUCCAGAAGACGGUGAGACCAAACAUCCUUGUUCACGAAGAAUACUGCCCACGGAUACAGGGCUGCGCUAUCCACAGAACGCAGGAUUUUUUCAUUGA